AUGAUGAACACAGCUUAUGGAGGAAACCCGCUGGGAUACAACACCCUCGAAAUGUUGCUGGACGAUGUUUCUAAGCAGAUGGCCUCGUCCAAUCUCGCUCGCUACCCUCGAAGCUCAAAUGGACAGCGGCCAGGUGCCUCGAUGCGUGUAGUCAAGCCAAGCAGUGCGAGCAAUAGCCCCAGAGGAUCAAUAGGAAGACGGCGAACUGUGAUGAGUGACGGAGCACAUCGAAGGAGGCUCGCCAUGAUCGAGCAGCAGAAUGCUAUGGCCAGCGGAUCCCUCAUCUCAAAUGAUGGACAACGACUUCCUGAACAACGAUCGAGACCUGUGAGCUGGCACCCGGCCUCUCGCAUCUCUCCUCAGCAACGAUAUCAACCAGCAUACCAAAUUCCGAUCAGCGACUGCAGCCAUUUCCAAUAUUUCGACCAUGCUGCUCACUCGGGCAAUGCAUCCCCCGACUCACCAUUUUCUCCUCUCUCAAGGCCAUUCAAUGGGUAUGAGCAACCACAAUAUACAUACCACGACCAUACUCCCUCCUUGCAUUCCUCGAACUCGGGCUACUCGGUUAGUCAAAUACAACAAGAGCAACAACAACAACAACCACCACAUCAUCAUCAUCAUCAACAACAACAACAAUACCAAGAGCAGUUCCACAGGAAUUUGGUUCCUCUGUCAGCAGAAGACACCGAUCCAAUCAUGUAUUCCCACUGCGACUGGAACAACUUCGCGAGCCACGCUUUCGAGAACUCUUCGACGACUCCACCCACGCCAGAAGACUUUCUUCCCACACAACACCCCGAAUCUACCUUCCCAGCCACAGAAAGCAUUCCAUACCAUUCCCUAUCACUCUCGGAGCCCGACUCGGAUGGAGAGGAACUGAUCGGCAUGGGUCUCUAUGAUGCACCCGAGGUCAUCAAAACACCUCUGCCAAAUGAUUUAAAUUGCUAUCGGGGGCUGAUGAUGAACGGCUGCACUGAAACCUGCGCUCGAAUAGUCGCACCUACUGGCAAGGGCUUGAAGCUCGAGGAGUCUUACGUCCCUCCCCCAAGCGAUGAGGAGGAGGAUGGUGAUCAGGAUGGUGAGGGAGAGGAUGACGACGAGGCGCCAGCACAGGCUUCGGUUUUAGAAAGCGGAUUUCUCCCCCCAAGUCAACCUCAUGCGACUGUCACUUCUCAGGGGUAUUUUGGCCCCGGAUCUUUAUAA